UAGUGUAUGUCGUAUGGUUAUAAUUUUUAAUACUAACAUACACGUGAACGAAUUUCAUACAAAGACAUAUAAUAAUGUUUUGAAAGUAUUAAAUACAUACAAAUUAUAUAGUUUUAAAAAAAAAAUAAUAACGUAUUUUAGAAUUAAGUACUUAUUUUUCAAUUGGAUUAACAUUAUACAAAAAAGUAAUUUGUUCGGGGUAAAUGCAAGAGGAAGCAUAAACGAUUGUAAAGGUUUUAUAUUAUAGCUAUAUAAUUAUAUAUUUAUAUAUGGACUCAAAUAAAAUAAAAAAUUCACGAUGAAAAUUUUAGAGUUGACUUGUAAUUUGUAUAAUAAGUUAAACAUAUAGGUUCCGAUUAAAAUAUAAUUUUUGUUAUGGGCCAAAUUAAUUUAAGGCAAUUAUUAAAAAAACUUUUAAAGCCUUAUUGAUUUUAUUUCUCGACAUAUAUAUAAAGUAAUAACUAAUAACUAAUAAUUGUAUUUAUUAGUUUCUGUUAUGGUUCAAUUUUAAACGUUUCAAAAAUAUAUCGUUAUAUUAUUUUGUGUUAAGUUUAAUAUACAACACAUAAAAUAAGAGACUAUCAUAAAUUAUUUGAUUAUCUGGUGUUUGCAGUCACUUAUAGAAAACCACAUAAAUUUUGUACGUCUUAUCUUGAUUAAAAAAUACUCCAAGUUAACAAAACCUGCAGUGAGUCCAUUAAAUUAAAUGUUUUUUUUUUGUAUUAAUAUUAUACCAUUCGUUUGUAAAGUGUAAAGUGCUCUAUAUAAAUUAUCGCAAUAUAAAUGGAACAUUUUCGAUACACAGAACACUCGCAUUAAUGCACACACAAAUUAUGUUAUUAUCUAUCCAUUAUCACUGUGAUUGAUGUAAUCUACGGGCACUUGCACAAAUUCCACAUACGUAUACAAAUAUCUAUAUGUAUGUAUUAUGUAUAUUAUAAAAUAUAUAUGUUUAAUAUUUUGGGUAUAUAUUUUAAGGAAGUAUACAAAUACAUUACGCAUUUCAGUAUCAGAUCAAAUCGAUAUGAACGCGACGAUAGAACUAGGAUUCGUUAAUAAUAAUAACAGUAAUAAUAAUAAUCAUAUGUAAAUAAUAAUCGAUGAGUUUUCACGGCAUUCGGGCAUAAUUACACGUUAGCCUAUCUCCAAAAUGGGCAUGUGUGUUGAAUAAAGCAAUAACGAUAAUGGGCUCGCCAAAACCGGCUGGUAUAAAUUAGUAAUAAUAACAAUAAUAAUAAUGCAUAAAGGGAAACCAGAACACUACGUAUAUACAUACACGGUUCCAUUAGGUAUAGUGAAAAGAAGGGGUUUGGUUUUCAUUUGAACGGAUGGAUUAAAAAGAUUCAUCCCAAUCUAUUCGACGAGUUGGUUGACGGGACAAGCAUGUUUAAAUUUCGUUUGUGUUGGAUCAUAUUAUUUACACAACUCAAGGAUAUGCGACUAUUCAAAGACUUUAACGAUUAUUCUCGCGCCGUUGCGUUGCAGUAUUUGGCCGACGGUUCUCAAUUACCAUUAUUGUCUGAUAAAGUAGUGAAUUCGGUUAACAAUCAGAGACGACGCCACAGGAAAAGCAGCUACUCGGAUUGGUCGGAUUGGAGUUCGUGUUCGGAUAGUUGUAUCACGGUCAGACAAAGACAUUGUCUAAGGUCGAAAAUUUGUGGAUCGAACGUCGUUACCGAAUCAUCGUAUUGUUUUGUGAGUGGUUCGAGAUGCCUGGGGCUCUUGACGAAUUACUACGAACAGCUCAACUCAAGUUUCUCUAACAAAGUUGAUGAGUAUGGCGUGUCCGUGAAUUUUACAUGUGGUGUUAAUGUUGCUUCCGCUACUAUUCCCGGUUACAAGUCUCCUAAGUUUUUAAUUAAAAUAAUGGGAGGUCAAGAAUCUGGGAAAUUUCAUUGGCCUUGGCAAGUUGCGGUGUUAAAUGGAUUUCUGGAAGUAAUCUGUGGCGGUACCCUUAUAGCUCCUGGUUGGGUGCUCACAGCUGCACAUUGUUCUAGGCAAAAAUUAUUCGUGAUGUUAAACGAGUACGAUUUAUCCGUACACGAAGGCGAUGAAAUCAGAUUAAGGGUUGAACGCAUUAUAAUACACCCCAAAUACAAUCCAAAUACAAUUGAUAAUGAUAUGGCUUUGUUAAAAUUACGUACUUCGAAUUCAGUAAUAGAUGGUGGAUUAAACUUGCAGCCAGCAUGUCUUCCAGCCUCUGAUAUUCAACGGUGGAAACGGAAGCCUAAAAUGUGCGUAGUUAUUGGAUGGGGAAAAGUGAAAUCGCAAGAUUCUUAUGGAUCUAAAAUACUUCGAGAAGCUAGGGUUCCGAUCGUUGGUCAGCGGACUUGUCGAGCCGCGUAUUGGCGUUAUCAGAUCACCGACAAUAUGUUCUGCGCGGGGUACAGAGACGGUCGGUCUGACACGUGUUCGGGUGACUCGGGCGGGCCACUAUUGUGCAACAUUCGUGGCCGGUGGACUGUGGUGGGUGUUACAAGUUUCGGAUAUGGCUGUGGCCGGCAUAGCAAGUACGGGAUAUACGCCAAUGUGGCUAAUCACGUGCGGUGGAUCACGUCCGUGAUAAAGACGUCCGGUUAUCAGUGACCCGACGAUGACAUUCGAAGGGAGUGCUUGAAGCAACUUUUUAUGAUAAUUCCCUACCUGAUCUUGUUCAUUUAUAUUUUUAUUGUCUGUAAUAAUAUCUAUAUUGUUCAUUAAGAAAAUAAUAUUUAUACAUGAUAAUUUAAUAUAAAUUGUAUGGACAACGAUUUAACGAGAUACAAUUGAAAUAUAAUUUUGAUUAUGAAA